CUCACACUCGAUCACUCGGUGCUCUUUUGAGCGUCCUGGAUGAACCAAGAGCUGUGUUGUUUUUCCUAACUGGCUGUCUGGCACAGGAAAAAUGGUAGCUAGCUAGCAUUCUGUGGAAAUUUGACUAACGUACGACUGAGAUUAUCUGAUCGAAAUAAUGAAUUUACUACCAUCAAACGCACAUGGGAACGGACUACUGUACGCGGGAUUCAACCAGGAUCAUGCUCAGGAUUCAUCCAUACUACGACGGUGGAUAUUGCACCUCCGCCUGCCGCUAACUCUAGCAGGCUUGUAACUGCCUGUACAUGCCGAACUCUUCAUUGAGACAAUGCUAAAAUAUCAAUUCUUGGGAUGCUUUGCUUGCGGAAUGGAGAAUGGGUUUAGAGUGUACAACACAGAUCCACUCAAAGAGAAAGAAAAACAAGGGACACAGCAUUGUGACAGCGAGAGCCAAGGUACCUCCUUCCUGCUCCUGCUAGUUCAUGGAGGGCGGGGUCGGGCAUGUGGAGAUGCUGUUCAGGUGUAACUACCUAGCGCUGGUUGGAGGAGGGAAAAAGCCCAAAUACCCACCUAACAAAGUGAUGAUCUGGGAUGACCUGAAGAAAAAGACGGUUAUAGAAAUUGAGUUCUCCACUGAAGUCAAAGCAGUGAAGCUUCGAAGGGACAGGAUCGUGGUGGUCCUGGACUCUAUGAUCAAAGUGUUCACGUUCACCCACAACCCUCAUCAGCUGCAUGUGUUUGAGACCUGCUAUAACCCCAAAGGUCUGUGUGUACUGUGUCCCAACAGUAACAACUCUCUGCUGGCGUUCCCGGGGACCCACUCUGGGCACGUGCAGAUUGUAGACCUUGCCAACACAGAGAAGCCUCCAGUGGACAUCCCUGCCCACGAGGGGGCGCUGUGCUGCAUCGCCCUCAACCUGCAGGGAACCAGGAUAGCCACUGCCUCCGAGAAAGGGACCCUGAUCAGAAUAUUUGACACCAUGGCAGGCCACCUGAUUCAGGAGUUGAGGCGAGGGUCACAGGCUGCUAACAUCUACUGCAUCAAUUUCAACCAGGAUGCAACCCUCAUCUGUGUGUCUAGUGACCACGGUACAGUCCACAUAUUCGCUGCAGAGGAUCCCAAGAGGAACAAACAGUCCAGCCUAGCCUCGGCCAGUUUCCUUCCCAAGUACUUCAGCUCCAAGUGGAGCUUCUCCAAGUUCCAGGUUCCAUCAAACUCGCCGUGUGUGUGUGCCUUCGGAACAGAACCCAACUCUGUCAUAGCCAUUUGUGCCGAUGGCAGCUACUACAAGUUCCUGUUCAAUCAGAAGGGGGAGUGUUCCCGAGACGUCUACGCACAGUUCCUGGAGAUGACAGACGAGAAGAUCUGACCUUUCACCCUACCACCUCCUGCAAACGGACAGACGUGUACACGGCGGAUGGGUUUAUUUUCAGGAGCAGGAGGACGAGGGGGAUGGACAGAAGGAGGAAAAGGAGGAGGAGAUGAUGUCUCUGCUCACCCAGUGCUGAUGGACUCUACACGGUGGAGCGUCAGAAGGUGAGAGAGACACCAUCUCGGGGAAACAACAGAGGAAUGAAAGAUGGACCGAGAGAAAUCAGGACUGAGUGCCCUCUGACAAAACCUACUUAAAGACUCCCUGUACAACUAGACAACGACAGGGGGACGAGAACACUCUAACGGAUGUCACCUGGGCCUCCUUGUCCUGCUAGUCCGAGGACGAAAGAGGGAGACUUGCUUUUUAAAGAUGUCUUCUGUGAAAUGUACGAUGAUCGGGCGGUUAUUUUUUAAAGGUGUAUAGCGUUGAUUCUAAUAGGUAGAUGCAUAGAAAACAAAUCUUGUCAACUAACACCACCUAAUCUAACUAUAGGGAGUGCCUCUGAGCUGAAUCGAGAGUGGAGUGUGUGUAUAUACUCACAUAUAUACAUACAGUGCAUUCAGAAAGUUUUCAGACCCCUUCACUUUUUCUAUAUUUUGUUACGUUACAGCCUUAUUCUAAAAUGGAUUAAAUAAAAAUUUUUCCCAUAUUAUAAUCUACACACAAUACCCCAUAAUGACAAAGCGAAAACAGGUUUUUAGAAAUACCUUAUUUACAUAAGUAUUCAGACCCUUUGCUAUGAGACUCAAUUGAGCUCAGGUGCAUGCUGGUUCCAUUGAUCAUCCUUGAGCUGUUUCUACAACUUGAUUGGAGUCCACCCGCGGUAAAUUCAAAUGAUUUGACAUGAUUUGGAUAGGCGCACACCUGUUUUGUAUAUUGUCCCACUUUUGAGGGUGCAUGUCAGCGAAAACCAAGCCAUGAGGUCGAUGGAAUUAUUUGUAGAGCUCUGAGACAGGAUUGUGUCGAUGCAGAGAUCUGGGGAAGAGUACCAACACAUUUCUGCUGCAUUGAAGGUCCCAAGAACACAGUAGCCUCCAUCAUUCUUAAAAGGAAUACGUUUGGAACCACCAAGACUCUUCCUAGUGCUGGCCGCCCGGACAGACUGAGCAAUCGGG